ACUUGGGAGACCCGUGGCGUUUACGUGACCCCGUCCGCUCGUUUCCAUUCGUCAUGGUGGAUCUCUGUAUUCUGCUUCUGCUCUCGUCCUUUGAAUUGGUUGGAGCUUCAACGAAAGAAGAAAACGGUGUUGCUAUUCUUACUGCAGCCAACUUUGAAGCUGUUGUUGGAGAGCAUGAUUUCGCAAUGGUGGCGUUUUAUGCCCCUUGGUGUGUGCACUCCCAAAGACUCAAUAAGGAAUACGAAUAUGUCGCAAAGAAAUUGAAGGUGGAUCAUCCUAACAUUUUACUGGCCAAGGUUGAUGCAACCGUUGAGUCAGAGCUUGCUACGAAGCAUGAUAUCAAGGGCUACCCGACUUUGAAAUUCCACAAGAAUGGCAGUUGGGUGAAAUACAACGGUGAGCCAAAGGAGACAGCUAUAUAUGAUUGGAUUCUUCGCAAAACUAAGGAGGCUGCUAGGCAGCUGCAGACACUCAACGAGUUGGACGAAUUCAUCAAUUCCAACGUAGUUGCGGUUGUUGGUUUCUUCGAGGAGAAUCACCCAUCUCUCUCAGUAUUUGAAAAGGUCGCUGAUGAACUGGACAAGCAUCCAUUCGCUUGGACUUCUCUUCCAGAAGCUCGCGAGAAAUAUGGAGUGACCAAAAGUGCUCACGUUUCACUUUUCAAAAAGUUUGACGAAGGCCGGGCCGAUCACGAAAUCGAGCUAACUGCCCCAACGCUUACGAAUUUUGUACAGAUGGAAAGCAUUCCUUUGAUCGUAGAAUUUUCCCAUGAAAAUGCGUCAGACGUAUUUGCGAGUCCUGUUCGCACCCACUUUGUCGCUUUUGUCUCACGCACUAACAAAUUCGAGGACCUGAAGAAUGAGAUGUUUCCUGUUGCUAAGAACUUCAAGGGAAAGGUUCAUUUUCUUGUCAUCGAUACUGAUCAGGAAGACCACGAUCGCAUCUUGUCAUUCUUCGGAAUGACAAAAGAUGAGGUUCCUGCGUACCGCCUAAUCAACCUAUCAGAUGACAUGACCAAAUAUCAGCCUGAUGAUUCCAGUUUCACAAAUGAUGCCAUGACCAAGUUCAUCGAUGAGGUGUUGACUGGCGUUAGGAAGCCGUUCUUAAUGAGCCAAGAAAUCCCGCCGAAAUCCGACUCCUCUGUUCUGGAACUCGUCGGCAAAAAUUACAACGAAGUCGUAAAGAAUGAAAGUGUUGCUGUAUUCGUCAAACUAUAUGCACCAUGGUGCGGUCAUUGCAAGCAGUUGGCUCCCAUUUGGGAUGAUCUGGGUAAAGAAUUCAAGGGCAGGGAUGAUAUCGUGAUCGCUAAAAUGGAUGCAACGGCCAAUGAAGCUGAAGGACUUCGAGUAACCAGCUUUCCGACAUUGAAGUACUAUCCCAAAGGAAACGCUUCAGUAAGGGGGAUUGUGAGGAAAAUAACCGUUUAUUAAAGUGGUUGUUCUUUUCUAUUACGUGUUCUGCACCAACCUGAUUGGGGUUGAUCAUAUGUGCUUUUCAUGUUAAACCCUCUUAGUUGAUUCCCAUCUCGCUUGCUGAACAACCUCGUGUUGCCAGCUGGGUGGUUCGGGAUUUUCCCGUUUCAGCAAAUGGUUCGGUGGCAGUGUUUCAGGACGCGGUGGGUUUUCGCCUGGAAAGCGUUCUCCCUAUAAAAAGCCACAUAUGUCCGUUUAACAACACUGUGACGUGGCGCCACAUACCCCCCUGAGUUUGUGUUGAUUUGGUAAACCUCAUAAUUUACUGGAUCAUCGUUUCCUUCGUAGUAACCUUCGGUCACUCGAAUCACAUUGCUGAUAUUCGAACUUGACAUUUCCUCUCUGUUCGCCGCACCUUUUUCCGCUGCACAUUCUCAACUGCGCUAUGUGACUUUCGUUUAUGCCCCUGGUUACAAUGCAUUUGGAUGGGCUUCGCAGGUCACAUACAGUCUGAUGGUUUUGUUCUUCUUUCAUUGUCUUGCUCCGUUAGUAAUUUACAAAAUAUUGAUACAUCUGCAUUCAUGCUUUUAUUUCAUUCCCUUCUCUGUAUCUCUACUUCAUCCGUUAAUGUGCUGGACAUAAAUUCAUCUACCCUAUCAAUAUCUCAUCUUAAGAGCUGUUUGAAUCGCAAUUGGAAUUUUAUAACAGUUGGGUAGCAGUUUCUAGCCUCACAGAAGUCGGAUAGAGUACACAUUGUUAACGCUUCGCGGAAGGAUGAACGGCCAUAUAGUGCUUUUCCGAACUUGUGAUGGUCAUCUGACUGCGUUCAAACGCGAUGAACGUCCACUUAAAUCAUUUUACCCCCCCCCUACUAAUUCCUUGUAAACAAAUCAAAACGACGUGUAAUGAUUCGAUUUAUUCUGAUAAUGAUUUACCCCGUCCCGUACAUGGCAAUAACAUGUAAGGGGUGAGCGGCGCUAUAUCCUGUCUAGUAACUUUUCGGUCUGCACUUUCCAAACGGACUGGUGACGUUAGGGUUACGACUCUAGCGUCACAAGGGUCAGAUCGAAUGCGCAGCGCUUACGAUUUUCGUAAGGAUAUAAUGAUCUUACAACGCUUUUCCGGACGUCUGAUGGCUGAGUGUAUAUGCGAUGAGGUAUUCCUUGUUUAUAUUGUGCUUACUGUAAACCGUUCUGUCAUUUAUUUAGCACUUUUACCAUCAUGAGCUAAAUUCCUUCUUACCUUGCAGGUUAUCGAUUAUAAUGGCGAGCGCACUGUGAAGGCCUUCAAGAAAUUCAUCGAAUCUGAUGGUCAGAUCGGGGAAUCAGAAGAGCCGAGCGAAGAGCACGAGGAUGAACCAGCAAAGAAAGACGAAUUAUAAAUGCCUACAACCCUCCUUAGUUUCAUGUCGCUUACCUCAUUCGGUGGCCGCGUGUUCGUGUUUUUCGGUCAUCUUUACUGGUGCUAAUCUUUUUCAUCCUUGUACAAGUUCGCAGUUGGCUCCUCGAUGUACGAUCCUAUGUGAUCCUGCCAAUUUUUCUGGAUAUCGUGUUCUCAACAAUGUUUAUACUUCAUU